CGUAUUGAGGAGCUGGAGGAAGAGAUUGAAGCUGAGAGGGCUGCUCGGGCUAAAGUAGAGAAGCAGAGAGCUGACCUUUCCAGGGAGCUUGAGGAGAUCAGUGAGAGGCUUGAGGAAGCUGGUGGAGCAACAGCCACUCAGAUUGAGAUGAACAAGAAGCGUGAGGCUGAGUUCCAGAAGCUGCGUCGUGACCUUGAAGAGUCGACCCUGCAGCAUGAAGCGACUGCAGCAGCUCUUCGCAAGAAACAAGCUGACAGUGUUGCAGAGCUGGGAGAGCAGAUCGACAACCUCCAGCGUGUCAAGCAAAAGCUGGAGAAGGAGAAGAGUGAGUACAAGAUGGAGAUCGAUGACCUCUCCAGCAACAUGGAGGUUGUUGCCAAAGCAA